AUGCUCUCUCUCUCUCUCUCUCUCUCUCUCUCUCUUUCUAUCUUUCUCACAGCUCACCCUAUAUCAUCAUCAUCCUCUUCAUCCUAA